AUGGAUAUUGGUAUCGGCAUGAUCAAGGCUGAUUUGGUUAACAACUUGGGUACUAUUGCCAAGUCCGGAACUAAAGCUUUCAUGGAAGCCCUCUCUGCCGGAGCUGACAUCUCCAUGGUUGGUCAGUUUGGUGUGGGUUCCUACUCUGCUUACCUGGUUGCCGACAAGCUGGUGGUUCUUUCACCAUCAAGCCUGAUCACAGAGAACCCAUGGGUAGAGGAACCAAGAUUGUCCUCCACUUGUAGGGAGAUCCGAUGGAAUACCUGGAGGAGAAGAAAGUCAAGGAGGUUGUCAAGAAGAACUCACAGUUCAUUUGCUACCCAAUCAAGCUAUUGGUUGAGAAGUAGCGCGACAAGGAAGUGCAACGAUGAGGCUGAGGAGGAGGAAAAGAAGGAUGAGAACGAGGAGAAACCAAAGGUCGAAGUGGUAUCGGACCAGGACCAUUCCCAUGAAAUGAAGGAUCAUUUCCCGUACGACAUGAAGAUGAAACAUCAACGCAUGAUGUCCACAAGAGCUUCAAACGGUAACGUCACUGUAGGGGAGCGCAUGGAUCCUUACAGUGACUCGUGGAACCUCCAGGCUGGAUGA